AUGGCACUUCUACUGCUCCUCGUGGAUACUCCGGUGCAGGAUGUCCUCCUCUUUCACUGGCCAGGAGAGCGUUCAACCAAUGACUCCACGACGAGUGACCCCAAUGCGGCGCCGCCGCGACUGCCCCGUCAGGCACCACGGAACAAACGCUCGGCAUUAGCUGGCAAUUUCGCCGGGUGCGGCUCGAUGGACGGCAAGACCACUAGAUACUGCCGGCGAAUAGGUGCGAGACGAGGGCUUGAGGUGCGAGACAAUGACGUGGAACACUACAGGGGGACUUGGAGCGGCUAUGGCAGCUGGAACAUAGCUGAGUGGGCGACCAAAUUGCGCAACAGCACGUUCCAAGUGGUUCUCGAGCGAAACCCCGGCACCCCGAUUCAAAACGUGUUCGUCCACGUUGUAGACGUCUUGAUCACGUGGAUCUGCCGCCAGGACACGUCGACGUUGCAUCGGGACGUCCUUGUCCACACACUCAUUGAAAUGCGAGAUCUUUGGUCGACUACCCAACUUGCCCGGCUAAACUCCUCUGUGGUGUAA